AUGAACAAGAAAAAAAGUGAAAAAAAAUAUUUUAAGGUAGCGGAAGAAUCUCUUUCAUCUAAUUCUGAUUACACAGAUUACAAAUAUGAAGAACUAAAUAAUAUGUUAGAAGAUAUAAAGAAAAAAUAUAAUCUUUUGUAUCAUGAAAAAAAGGGAAUAAGAACAAGAGAAGGUUGUGAUACUUUAAAAAGAAACGAUGAUGAUGAUGAGAAUUUUAAGACAAAUGAACUUUAUGAUGAUAGUAAUAGAAAUGAUAUAGGAAAUAUUUUUGAAAAGAGUAAUAAUUCUUAUGUAAGCUCAAAAGAAUCAUUAUCGAUAUCAAAUAAUAAUUCAAUGAUUUCUUCACAAAGUAGGAAUUUAACUAGUAAUUUUGAUGAACCCAUAGAUGAUAUAUCAUUAAGUGAAGUAUCAUGUCUUAGUAACGAUGAAAAAGAAGAUAUUAUAAACAUUGGUAAUAUAAGAUAUAAGAAGAAUGUUAUAUAUCCUAUAGAUGAAAAAAAAAUAUCAAAAGAUAAAAAUAAUAUAUAUUAUAAUUGUAUAAGUAUAUUUUCUUUAAAUACUUAUUUAUAUAAUGAUAUAUUUAGAUAUAAUCCUCAUUUAUUUGGAUUUUAUGAAAAUUGCAGGAAUAAUGAGAAUCGGUGUAAAAAUAUAGGAACUUUAUGUACUCAAUAUAAUUUAAUAUUUUUAAGAUCUGUAUAUGGAAAAUAUCAAAAAUAUUUAUUUGAUAAAUUAAAAUAUACUCAUACUAUAAUGCUAGAUAAUAUCCCUUGGUGUAAUAAUUUAUUAAAUGAAAUAUAUUACACUGCUCAAAAUUAUUUAUAUGGAAAUGGUGGUUUAUAUAUUUGUUGGACUAAAAUGUUAUUUCGUUUGUCUUACUAUGAUUUUAUGUUUUUGUCAUCAGAUAUUAUAUUUAAGAGGAAGGUUAUAAAAUUAAUAAAAUUAAUUUAUGAUAAUAAAUAUCAUUUAUAUUUUUUCUCACUUGAAUUUGAUUUAUAUAGCACUCAAAAUAAAAUAAGUAACAUUAAAGAUUUAGUAUUUUUUAUGAAAAAAAUAUUUUGGAAAAUAUAUAUAUUUUUUUUGUUUUAUAAAAAUCGCAAAUUUUUAAAAAGAAGAAAAGAAAAUACCAAAGGAUAUAUAAAAUAUAAAGGUGGAAAUAUAAAAAGUGAAAAAGAAUUAAACGACAAAAAUAAUUAUAAUAUAAAUGAUAAUAAUAAAUAUAAUAGUAAUAAUAAUAAUAAUAAUAAUAAUAAUAAUAAUCUUUAUGAUAACAAUAUAUUAAAUGAGGAAAAAAAAAAAAAUAUAUCUACCAUGAUUUUCAAAAAUAGUUCCAUAUUUAUUAUUGGUACUUUUAAUAUUGAUAUAUAUGAAAACAAAGAAUUAUAUGAGAAUUUAAUAACAUUAAAUAAUCAUGCUGUAAUGAAAGACAUGUUUUUUUAUAAAAAUAUUCAUUACAAAUUACAAAGAACAUAUAAUAUUGUAGAUCGCAAAAAUAAUACAUUAGUUAAUGGAUUGAAUUAUUGUUUUGGUUUAACAGAUAAUAUAUUUCUAGUCAAAUCAUUUUUUCUAGAUGAAAAAGAUAUAUAUGAAUUAAUGUCUUUAUAUAACCCUAUAGAUAUAAUAGUCGAAAAAUUUAAUAAUUUCAAAAAAAACAAAUCUAUACAUAAUUAUAUGAUUCAUAAUAUAUUUAAACUUAUAAAUAAAAACGGAAUAUACUUAAAAUUUCAAGAAGUAUAUAAUUAUGGUGUAGAUAUAUUAACACAGAAAAAAGGAAAAGAAUUUAGUGACCAUUGGAUAUUGUCAGCUAAAUUUGAUAUUAAAAAUAAAAAUAUCAAUUUAAAUAUAGAAAACAAGUUAUGUAACUUUCUAUAUAAUGUUAAUAAAUAUUUCAUCUUAAACAAAAAAUCUUAUCAUAAAUAUUGUCAAGUCAAAUAUGUCACAAAAAGAAAAAGAGAAAAAAAUAAUCGUAAAAAGGUAAUUAUGAAUAAUACGGAUCAUAUUCCUAUAAAAAUAGAAAAAUAUGAUUAUUCAAGAAAAAUAUGUAUAAUAAGUGAUGAAAAUAUUAAUACUAUUAAUCAAGUGGACACAAAUUUAUAUCAUAUAUUAUUAAAAUGUUUUGAAGAGGAAUGCAAUACAUAG